UUUCUCUACAGUAUACAUAUAUAUGUUCAUAUAUAUAUCAAAGUAUAGCAUGUGAAUUCUUCUGUAAUUUCAACAGAUUCUAGUUCAAUAAUACAUUAACAAUUAACAAUACAAAAUUCUGGUGAAUACCACUCGGUCGUUGGACGACGUGAAUCUUCACUGAAGCAAUUAAUUGAUGAGGAAAUAUUUCGAAGAAUUGAUUGGAAUUCCUUUUCUGCUGAAAAUGCAUGACUCAGAUGACAUGACGAAGACAAAACCGCAACGCCGGGCCUCCACGGAGGAGAGUCUUCAAAUCAUCAGACAGUCCCUCAAACGAGAUGAAAUGGAUAAACUUGAGGGCACCCAUUUCUACGGACAUACGCCUCACACAUUCAUCACACUUGGAGCAUCGGGUGACCUAGCGAAAAAAAAGAUUUACCCGACCCUCUGGUGGCUCUUCAGGGACAAUCUUCUUCCGAAGACUACGACAUUCUUUGGGUAUGCCAGGAGUAAAUUGACUCUGAAGGAAUUACGGGAGAAGUGCCAUCAGUACAUGAAGGUGAAACCCGGAGAGGAAGAGAAAUACGAGAAAUUCUGGCAAUUGAAUUACUACACUGCAGGUUCAUAUGACUCUGAAGAGGACUUUGCUGCUCUCAAUGGGAAACUGGAGAAUUGUGAGGUCGAGAGUAAAGCCAAUCGUUUAUUCUAUCUGGCACUGCCACCGAGUGUCUUCGAGACAGUGACAGUGCACAUUAGGAAUACUUGCAUGGGCCAAAAAGGUUGGACGAGAAUAAUUAUUGAAAAACCAUUUGGUCGUGAUGCUCCAACGUCAGAGCGUCUUUCAAAUCAUCUAGCAAGUCUAUUCCACGAGGAGCAGCUGUACAGAAUCGAUCAUUAUCUCGGUAAAGAGAUGGUCCAGAAUCUCAUGACACUGAGAUUUGGAAAUCGAAUCUUCAAUCCAACUUGGAAUCGAGAUAAUAUUGCAUCCGUCCAUAUAACAUUUAAAGAACCAUUUGGCACCCAGGGACGAGGUGGAUACUUCGAUGAAUUCGGUAUAAUACGAGACGUUAUGCAGAAUCAUUUGUUGCAGAUAAUGUCGUUGGUGGCUAUGGAGAAACCAGCAUCGUGUUGUCCCAAUGAUAUCAGAAAUGAAAAGGUGAAAGUCCUUAAAUGCAUAAAACCCCUGGAACUCGACGACGUUAUCUUGGGACAAUACGUUGGCGAUCCAGAGGCUGAAGAUCCUGAGGCACGAUUGGGAUACCUGGACGAUCCAACAGUACCCCCGAAUUCUACAACUCCAACAUUUGCAAUGGCUGCCUUGAAGAUAAAUAAUGAAAGAUGGGAUGGAGUGCCAUUUAUACUCAAAUGUGGCAAAGCAUUGAACGAACGGAAAGCUGAAGUCAGAGUUCAAUAUCUGGAUGUACCUGGUGACAUAUUUAAUGGUAAAGCAAAACGAAAUGAGUUGGUAAUCAGAGUCCAGCCUGGAGAGGCACUUUAUAUUAAAAUGAUGACGAAAACACCUGGUAUUACAUUUGAUAUGGAAGAAACUGAGCUGGAUCUCACCUAUGGACGUCGUUACAAGGACUUGAAACUCCCUGAUGCCUACGAGAGAUUAAUUCUGGACGUCUUCUGCGGCUCUCAAAUGCACUUCGUAAGAAGUGAUGAAUUGUCCGAGGCGUGGAGAAUAUUCACUCCCCUGUUGCAUCGAAUCGAGGGAGAAAAAAUAUCCCCCAUUCCCUACAAGUACAAAUCGCGUGGACCAAGUGAAGCUGAUGAAAUGGCUAAGAAGAAUAAUUUUAUGUACUAUGGCUCUUACAAGUGGCCUGAUCAUCCUUGAGUAUUUAAUUUAUUGAUCUCCUCUGUUGGUAUUUAAUUAUGAAGGGUUACAUUCCAUGUCCCAUUUUUAUACAUACAAAUUUCAUGUAUUUAUUAAAAUCAUCGAUUGUUCUCUAUUUAAAUUUUUACAAUCCGCUCGAUUAUGGGAAUUGAUCGAAUAAAAAAAAUUUAUAUCUUGCGGGACAAGUGAAAUUAUUUGAUCAAUAAAUGGUCAAUAUAAUGAAUAAUUGAGGCAGAGUGAAAUUCUUUCUAUACUCUAUAAAUUUAGAUUAGUAGGAAAAUUUAACGAAAUUUUCUGUUAUCAAGAUUUUUCGUAAUUUGGAAUAAAUUUUUUUUUUUCAAAAAUAUCCAUUUUACCCCAUUUUUUUCUCACCAGACUCUGUCAUGUUUCCAUUUAGGUUAUUAACGUCUUCUUGAUAUUUUGGAGGAGAUCAUUACGGAUUUAAUUACAGAUUUAAUUACAACUUGAAUGGGCUUGGACAAUAAUUUUGAUCAUAUUAAAUAGGGCAAUGGUUAUCUGAAGUAGAAAUAUGGCUGAAUGCAGCCAUCUAGUCAUACCCCACAUUGUAAUCUAUAAAGCUAUCAACAGAUUCACCUAUUCUUUAUAAAUCGUCUUCAAAAAUCAAAAAUAAAUCGAAAAACAAUGAAGAAAUAUCGAAUUAUUGCUAAUGGGAUGCAUAAGAUUGCAAUGAUAAUUUUCGAUUUGAAUGGCUGAAGAAUUCUAUGAAAUACAAUAGUUGUAUAAGAUAAUUUGAAAUUAUCAUAAAUGAUGACUAUUUA